AUGAGUUUUUUCCAGGGCAACAAGGCAAGGAGACAUUUAUCAUCAUCCUCCAUCCUUUCCUCCCCGUUAAAUUCAUCAUCCUCUUCAACAACAACAACAUCCAACAACACACAAUCAAGCCUAAGUUUAUUACCUUCAUCUUCAUCAUCUUUAUCCUCAUCUUCAUCAUUAAAUCAUCAUUCACAACUCCAACAACAACAACAACAAUUUACACUCAUUAGUAACAUACAACAAUUUAAUGAUAAAAAUUUACAGAAUCAUUCGGUGAAGGAAAUUAAAUUAACAUUGCGUGAUGGUAAUGAAUCGGAUGAAUUUACUCAAAAUAUUUAUCAAAAGAUACAAAAUGAUUAUAAUACUUUAGAAACAUUACAAAUAACAUCAUUACAUUCUAAAUUUUACUUUUUUAGUAAUAUGGCAUCAAAUUCACAAUUUGGUAAAUGGAAUCAUCAUUCAAAAUUGAAUAAUUACUUGAAAAAUCUCUCACUCAUUAAUUGUAACAUAUCAAAGAAACAAUUUAAAAUAAUUUGUGAUGAUGAUAGUUUGAGAAAUCAUUUACUUUCUCUCAAUUUAUCACAAAAUAGUUUGGAUCAAGUUCCAGAGAAAAUUAACAAGAUGAAAAGUUUAAAAAUUCUAAAUUUAUCUCACAAUUUAUUUACACAAUUUAGUGAACCUUUGAGAAAGAUGAAACAAUUAACACAUUUAGAUUAUUCAUUCAAUCAAAUUGAGAACUUUUUAGGUAUUUCUUUCAAGAAGGGUGGUUUAAAAAAGAAAUCAUCUGAAUCUUCACGUAAUUUAACAGCAGAGUUUCAUAAUGAGAAAAUAUCAAGCAAACAACACAAACCACUUGCAAAUUCUUUAAUUUACUUGAAUUUAAGUAAUAAUAGACUUUAUGGAGGUUAUCCACAGUGUUUAGAUGAUUUACGUUUAUUGGAAACUUUAGAUUUGAGUGCAAAUCCUAGUUUAUUUAGUCAUGAAUCGGAUUUUUCUUUAAACAUGUCACUCAAUACGACGAGUACAAGUGUAAUCAUUUCAGGUCAAUUCCAUCAUUCAAAUAAUGACACUCUUUCAAAAUCUGCUCCAAAUUUAACAUCAACUCAUCAAUUAAUUAAUAUUAGUAAUAGGUCGACAUUGAAUUUAUCACAAAUAUUUACAAUUAUUGAUCCAAAUAAUGAAGCAAAUAAUUCAAUUUCAUCACCAAAUAAUAAUGCAUCAAAUCAAUCAUCAUCAUCAUCAACUAAUGGUUCAAUUUCAAAAGUUUCUCCAAGAAUGUCAAGAGUUAUUAGAAAGACUGAUGAUGAUAUGAUUAAUAUUGAAAAGGAAUUGUUAUUACAACGAAAACAAACAGUUUCUAGUUUCCUUGUUUCUGAACAUUUUCAUCAUAGCAUUACAGAAAUUGAUAUUAGUAGUUGUGGUUUAGUUAACUUUCCAAUAGAAUGGUUAAGAAGAUUUCCAAAACUUAAAUUAUUGAGAAUGAAUAAUAAUGGACCAUUUGGAUUAGAAACUCAAGAAGAUGAUUUACCUUCAACUAUUAGAGGUCUUUCAUUCUUGAGAAGGUUGGAAAUGAAGAAUUGUUUUAUUAAGGGUUCUAUUCAAUCGAUAAUGAGUUUAUCAAGUGUUGAUUUUUUAGAUAUUUCUCAUAAUAGACUGAAAGAAUUACCACAAAUUCCAACCGAUUACAUUACAUCCAAUAUUGAAACACUAAAACUAAGUCAUAACAAUCUAAGAUUUAUUAACAGCAAUAGCAUGCUUGAAAAAUUGUAUUCUACUAUUACCUAUUUGGACUUGUCUCACAAUUAUUUAGAAUCCAUUCAAGAUAAUACACUUACUGGAAUGGUUCAAUUGAAACAUUUAGAUUUGAGUUAUAAUUGUUUGAAAAAGUUACCUUCUAAAUUAUUCUCUGGAAUGAGAUAUUUGAAAAAUCUAUGUCUAUGCCAUAAUGAAUUGGUCUUUGAGAAAAUGUUUUUAGAUGCAAAUAGUAUUCAAGAAUUAUCUCUCUUGAAACGUAUUGAAACUAUUAAUUUAUCUUUCAAUAGAAUUAAAUGUUUGAAAGGUAUUGAAUUAUUCUCUGAAACUUUAUACGUUUUAGAUUUAAGUUAUAAUGACAUUCAUUGGAAUAAUCAAGUAUUUGAUGGUUUAUUCCAAUUGAAAAAUAUUGAAACUUUAAAUUUGAGUGGUUGUGGUAUUACCACUCAUGAUUUUGAACAUGUUGCAGGAAAUAGAUGGUUAGAUUUUAGAUAUUUACAUGAAUUGAAGUUGAAUAGAAAUUGUUUAACAAGUUUAAACAUUCAAAUUGAUAGUGCUUCUUCUACUAAAAAGUUAAAUGAAUUGAAAACUCUAGAAUGUUCAUAUAACUUUAUUUCAUUGAAGGAUCAACAACAAAUUAGUCAAGAUUGGAAAAAGAUAUCACCUAAAUUGACAAAUAUUAAUACCUAUUCAUUAUUUAAUCAUUUAUAUACUGUAUGUGAAAAGGUUGAUUGGGAAAAUCCAAGUUUUACAACAUGUCUAUUUGAAUCUGUACUAUUUUGUGAUUCAAAUUUAUUACACUUACAUAAGAGCAUUACAAAAGAAAUGAAAAACAAGCAAGUGACACAUAUUAUUCAAAUUAUUAGUGAAUCCGAUGAAAGAUUCAAAUUAUGUGAUGGUAUUGAUCCACACAGAUUUUCCGAGUACAUUUUCAAAACGUACAAGAUUUAUAACACAAGUAUUGAAUAUCUUGUUGUUUAUCUUCCAGCUAGUAAUAGAUUAAAUUUUGAAAAAUUAGACGAAUGUGUGAAAUGGAUUGAAGAUUCUAAAGAGCAUUGUCUCAUUUCAGAAUAUAAUCCAUCUCAAUCUGAUAAGGAUUUGACCAUGUUAGUUCAACAGAAAAUCAAUCUCUUCCUUGCACCAUCUAGUCCACCAUCUUUAUCUGAAAAGAUUUCAGAUGAUUCUAUGAAAGCAGUUUCUACUCACAGUAAUCAUUCUAGUUCAACAUCUAGUAUUGAUUUUGAUGAAAUUAAAAUAUUUGAAGCUAGUUAUACUAUUAUAAUUGCCUAUCUCAUUAAGAAUAGACAAUUAAGAUUGGAAUGUGCUAUAGCUUUAUUAAGAGAUUUAAUGAUUCUGAAUGGAAGUACAGAUGUUACUCUGAUACCAUAUCAACAUCAUCUUUUAUUACAAUAUGAUUUGAAAUUGAGAGAGAUUAGAUAUCUUUCUCAAUCAUCUUUAAAACGAACACUUGAAAGAGAUGAUUUACGAACUCAAUUUAAACAUUACUGCUCAACUGAACAAUCUUCUCAAAAUAUACUAUUCUGGGAAAAGGUUGAAUUUACAUACAAGACAGAAUAUAGAGUGAGAGAGAGAAGGAGAAUAGCAAAGGAAAUAUUCAACACAUUCAUAUCUGAAUCAUCAACUUCACCACUCAAUAUUACACAAAGUCAAAUUCAUGCCAUGUCUAAAUUAAUAUUCUCAGACGAAACUGAACAAAUUACUCAUGAUUAUAUACCACUUAAUUUAUUUGAUAGUAUGGUAACUGUUAUUGAAAAUGUAAUGAUGGAUACAGAAAGAAGAUUUCAGAGAGUUAAAUUAUAA